CAACCAUGUCACCAUUUCUUCGAAUUGGUUUGUCCAACUUCGACUGUGGGUCCUGCCAGUCAUGUCAGGGAGAGACUGUUAACCCUUACUGUGCUGUGCUUGUCAAAGAAUACGUUGAAUCGGAGAAUGGACAAAUGUAUAUCCAGAAAAAGCCAACUAUGUAUCCGCCCUGGGACAGCACUUUUGAUGCCCACAUCAACAAGGGAAGAGUAAUGCAGAUCAUUGUGAAGGGCAAGAACAUGGACCUAAUAUCCGAAACUACCGUCGAGCUCUCCUCUCUGGCUGAGCGAUGCAGGAAGAACAAUGGGAAGGCAGAGAUAUGGUUAGAGCUGAAACCUCAAGGCCGAAUGCUAAUGAAUGCAAGAUACUUUCUGGAAAUGAGUGACACAAAGGACAUGAGUGAAUUUGAGACUGAAGGCUUCUUUGCUUUGCAUCACCGCCGAGGAGCCAUCAAACAGGCCAAAGUCCACCAUGUCAAGUGCCAUGAGUUCACCGCCACCUUUUUCCCACAACCCACAUUUUGCUCUGUCUGCCAUGAGUUUGUCUGGGGUCUGAACAAACAAGGCUACCAGUGUCGACAGUGUAAUGCGGCAAUUCACAAGAAGUGUAUCGAUAAAGUUAUAGCUAAGUGCACAGGAUCAGCUAUCAAUAGCCGAGAAACCAUGUUCCACAAGGAGAGGUUCAAAAUUGACAUGCCGCAUAGAUUUAAAGUCUACAAUUACAAAAGCCCGACCUUCUGUGAGCACUGUGGGACCCUGCUGUGGGGCCUGGCCAGGCAAGGACUCAAGUGUGAUGCAUGUGGCAUGAACGUACAUCACAGAUGCCAGACAAAGGUGGCCAACCUUUGUGGCAUAAACCAGAAGCUAAUGGCUGAAGCGCUGGCAAUGAUUGAGAGCACUCAACAGGCUCGCUGCUUAAGAGACACUGAACACAUCUUCAGGGAAGGUCCAGUUGAAAUUGGUCUCCCAUGCUCCAUAAAAGGUGAAGCAGGGCUGCCAUGUGUACCAGCACCUGGGAAAAAAGAGCCUCAGGGAAUCUCUUGGGAGUCUCCUUUGGAUGGGAUGGAGAAAAUAUGCCAUCGUCCAGAGCCUGAACCGAACAUAGAAAGACCAUCUGUACAUAUGAAACUAAAAAUCGAGGAUUUUAUCUUGCACAAAAUGUUGGGGAAAGGAAGUUUUGGCAAGGUCUUCCUAGCAGAGUUCAAGAAAACCAAUCAAUUUUUCGCAAUAAAAGCCUUAAAGAAAGACGUGGUUUUGAUGGACGAUGAUGUUGAGUGCACGAUGGUAGAGAAGAGAGUUCUCUCUUUGGCCUGGGAGCAUCCGUUCUUAACGCACAUGUUCUGUACAUUCCAGACCAAGGAAAACCUCUUUUUUGUGAUGGAGUAUCUCAACGGAGGAGACUUAAUGUACCACAUCCAAAGCUGCCACAAGUUUGACCUUUCCAGAGCAACGUUCUAUGCUGCUGAAAUCAUUCUUGGUCUGCAGUUUCUUCAUUCCAAAGGAAUUGUGUACAGAGACCUGAAGCUAGAUAAUAUCCUGUUAGACAAAGAUGGACAUAUCAAAAUAGCGGACUUUGGAAUGUGCAAGGAGAACAUGUUAGGAGAUGCCAAGACAAACACUUUCUGCGGCACCCCCGACUAUAUCGCCCCGGAGAUCUUGCUGGGUCAGAAAUACAACCAUUCUGUUGACUGGUGGUCCUUUGGCGUUCUCCUCUAUGAGAUGCUAAUUGGUCAGUCACCUUUCCACGGGCAAGAUGAAGAAGAGCUUUUCCACUCCAUCCGUAUGGACAAUCCCUUUUACCCUCGAUGGCUUGAGAAGGAGGCAAAGGACCUUCUAGUGAAGCUCUUCGUGAGGGAACCUGAAAAGAGGCUGGGAGUGAGGGGAGACAUCCGCCAGCACCCUUUGUUUCGGGAGAUCAACUGGGAAGAGCUUGAACGAAAGGAGAUUGACCCACCAUUCCGGCCUAAAGUGAAAUCACCGUAUGACUGUAGCAAUUUCGACAAAGAAUUCUUAAAUGAGAAACCCCGGCUGUCGUUUGCAGACAGAGCCCUGAUCAACAGUAUGGACCAGAACAUGUUCAGAAACUUUUCCUUCAUUAACCCAGGGAUGGAGAGGUUGAUAUCCUGA